AUGGAAUUACAAACAAUCAUAAUUGAUCGCAAUAACACAUAUAAGUCUUCAGCCAAUAAUGAAACAGAUAUAAUUGAGCUUGAAUCUUCUAUGAAAAUUGAUAAAUUAGAUAGUUCAACAGAAACUCUAUUAACUGAUGAUGAAAUAAAAAAAUUAAGUGCCGAUGAAUUAGUUAGUUUAAUUGAAAAACUAAAAAAAGAGCUAGAAA